UCAAGUGUACGGCGUCUCAGCCCUUGACUUCUCUGUACUUCACUACUUUAGGAAGCUAUUAACAUGUUCUGUGAGCUUACAUUACCCGCAAUCGUGCUGGCUGGGUGUACCAGCUCUACAGGGAAAACACGCCAAGCUCCAUGUUCAACUCUCUAGCACUGUCUCUCCCCUGAUAGCAGAGUGAUUUGUGAUCUAGUGAGCUACAAAUCCCCUCCCCUCACGCCCUAAGUCAGGCAUGGUCCGCCUCAAGAAGUUCUUCAUGGCGGGAUCGGGUCUGGUCUUAUUUGCCAUGGCUGGAGUUUAUUUCAUGGGAAGUACACAGAGGCCUAUCAGGACGACAGUUUUGACCCACGUAGUUGAAAAAGAAACAGAUACUGAACUCGACGAAAAGUUGCCUCAGCCUUUUAAGCAGAGGCGUCUUCUUCUGAACAGAAAAUGUCGGCAGCUGUUCACCAAGAGUGCACGUCGCAUCAUCUGGGAGCAUUUUCCUCAUGAACAGAUGAUCACUGACGCGAACAGAAACUUUGCCUAUUGCUCAGUGGAAAAAGCGGGGUCGACAUUUUGGAAAUCCAUCUUCGCAAAGUUAGAGGGCAAAAUGUUGCCGGAUACAACAGAAAUUCCCAUUGAUGUGAAAACUAAAGACGAGAUCCACGGAAUUUUUCUUUAUAAGCUCAAAAACUACUCUCAGCAACGAGCUAUGGAAUUCCUAAAGCACGCUCGCCUCAUGCUCUUUGUCCGAGAUCCAUAUAUUCGACUCACUUCUGCUUAUAUGGAUAAGCUGUUUUCGCCCAACCAUUUCUACUGGGCUCAGAUCGGCAAACUGAUUGUGUCCAGAGUAAGGCGAAACCCAACAAAGCAUUCCCAGAAGUGUGGUCAUGACGUAACGUUUAACGAGUUUUUACAGUAUUUCGUGUUAUCCGAAACGCGAAGGUCUGUACCUUCCGAUCAUCAUUGGAAGCCUAUAUGGAGGAUGUGCCAGCCAUGUGCUUUGUCUUACAGAUACAUAGGCAAACUGGAAACAUUCACAAGCGAUGCCGAGCAAAUCCUUGCCAUGUUGUCCGCGAACAAUACUGUGUUCUUGCAUGACGUCAGCAGACGUGACGCCAUCGUACGUGACGUCAGCCAGUACGUCAUGUCCGUCUUGCAACACUUAGAAGAAUACAAAAAAUGUUUGACGCUACCAGAAAUUUUACAACGACUGUGGGCGUUAUUUAUUUUUAAGGGUUACUUUAAAGGAACAGAACCUUUUGUUUCACCUAAUAUAUCCAAGAAAGAUGUGUCCGUGAAUUUGGAAACUUCACUGAUUCACCAAUUCCUGAAUAUGACCAUUCUCAAGAUUAAAAAGACAGUGAAUGCUAACUCACUGGAUUCCAGGCGAAACAAGAUUUCCAGAGAAAUGUUUAGAACCGUAUCAACGUCUCUGUGUACUGACGUACAACGACUGGUUCACCCAGACUCUGUGUUGUUUGGAUAUAACAAAAAUACUGACAUCUGUUCUCAAGAUGGUGCGACUUCCCCUGUAUCUUCAAUAGAUCCGAACUGGGUCUGAUAACGGCUAAUUCUGUAAGCUUAUAAAAUAUUUCAUAUGCAAAAUGUUUUAAACACUUAUAUGUAAUAAAGUAAAGCAUGUAAAAGUAUUCAAGAAGGAGAGUAAGAUUUAUGACAAAAUGAAGGCUAUUCUUGGUUAUUGAUAUUUUCAUUUUGUUUGUUUUCUUGGCUCUAAUAUAGGUCCUUCUCUUGACGUACACGUAUGUCGAUUUACCAUGAUAUUUUCUUUUAAAAGCAGGUAAUUUACUAACAAUUAGGACUUUCCCAGUUUAACUGGUGGAUCCUCGAUUUCUCAGUUUUUGGUGCCGUCGAUUUUCCGACAGUUUUUCGAAAGUUCAAAGGUCUUUAUAGUUACGCCGUUAAUCAACAAAGACAUGAUGAAGUACACUUCUAUGUUUUUGUAACUGAGUUAUUAACCGGUUUCUACACCAGAGGUUAUGCCAAUGGUUCAUGACUCAGGCCAAAGUUCUUUAGUUAGUCGUUCAGCCCCACUGAAAUAGAUAA